AUGAAGGCAGAAAUUGAGCUGUUGAAAGUUGAGUGUUCCAGUGGUACAGAGAAACUGAAAAAGAUAACAUCUACUACUAACCACGUAACACUUGUAGAGAUAGAGAAGGUGUACAAUGAAAGAAAGCAGUAUGUGAAAGAAUGGAAAGAAAAAAAAAGAAUGGCAACUGAUCUCAUUGAUGCUAUUCUGGAAGGGUAUCCUAAGACCAAAAAGCAAUUCUUUGAGGAAGAUGGAUUGGAAACUGAUGAAGUCUACAAGGUUACGAUUCCCAAUCUUUGACUGUGUGGGCCCAUUUUCAACUGAAGUUAA